AGGACAGCAAUCUAACAUACUGGUAUUAGUUAAUCCAUAUGAAGUUUAUGACUCAUGGUAGUUUAGAAUCUCUCAAACAACGGAAAGUGUGGAUGCCUAUGCCAACAAUCCACAUUCCACAGAAAAGUUAGUUUCAAGACCAGGCGAAAGUCCUAACGACAAAUGUCACCAGACCAGAAUGCUGAAACCCGGGGGCCACGUUCUAUCGUUGCCUAACCGAAAUGACGUCACACAAGAUAGUGGCAUGUGUUCCGUGACCGGGUCUUCCAGUCGGGCAAAAUAGGAUUAGGCUGAAAUGUGUGAAGCUAGCGAAUGUGGCAAUGUCGCAUAACCGUUGUCGUCUCCGUCGUAGGUGUUGUAAACAAACUAAAGCUUGACGUUUUGACAAAAAAGAAACGAGGAAAUAAAUGCGAUAAUGUAGUUAGACAGGACGCGGAAGCCUUUGCGAUGCAAACCACGCGGAAGGUAUAAAAACUGUUCCCGAACUAUCAGCCAACCGCACUUCUGGUUGUUGUUCCCUACGAAUAGCAUUGCAAGUUUAAGCAAGCGUUUCCGAGUGAAUCGCAACUGUGUAAAAAUUUAAUUGUACUGUGUAAAAGUUUGUGAGCAGCUAGUUAGCAAAUAAAUAUCAAUUAUGGUUGUCGCAGUGAAAGUUUUCAAGAAAGCCACUCCAAAUGGAAAAAUCACCGUCUAUUUGGGCAAGCGUGACUUUAUCGACCAUGUCGACUACUGCGAGCCUGUCGACGGUGUUGUCGUGCUCGACCAGGAUUACCUGCGCGGUCGCCGGGUCUACGGACAGCUAAUCACCACCUACCGCUAUGGUCGUGAAGAGGACGAAGUCAUGGGGGUCAAGUUCUCCAAGGAAAUGGUCCUGUGCAAGGAGCAGGUCUUCCCAAUGGUGAACUCCAAGAUGGAGAUGACCCCCAUGCAGGAGCGACUGGUCAAGAAGCUGGGCGCCAAUGCGUACCCCUUCACCUUCCACUUCCCGAGCAUGUCACCAAGCUCGGUGACACUGCAGGCUGGUGAGGACGACCAGGGCAAGCCUCUGGGUGUGGAAUACUCGAUCAAGAUCUACGUCGGCGAGGAGGACGAGGAGAAGGGUCACAAGCGUAGCAGCGUGACUCUGCUGAUCAAGAAACUGCAGCACGCUCCAGCCACUCGUGGACGCCGUCUGCCUUCGUCGCUGGUGAGCAAGGGAUUCACCUUCUCCCAGGGUAAGAUCAACCUGGAGGUCACCUUGGAUCGGGAGGUGUACUACCACGGCGAGAAAAUCUCCGCCAACAUUGUGAUCACCAACAACUCGCGAAAGACGGUCAAGAGCAUCAAAUGCUUCGUCGUGCAGCACUGCGAGGUCACGAUGGUCAACGCUCAGUUCAGCAAACAUAUCGCAUCGCUGGAGACACGCGAAGGUUGCCCAAUCACCCCUGGAGCAAGCUUCACCAAGUCCUUCUUCCUGGUUCCACUGGCUUCCAGCAACAAGGACCGCCGUGGAAUUGCCCUUGACGGACACCUGCGCGAUGAGGAUGUCAACCUGGCCUCGUCGACUCUGAUCAGCGAGGGCAAGAACCAUGGUGAUGCUAUGGGUAUCAUCAUCUCGUACUCACUGCGGGUGAAGCUGAACUGCGGAACCCUCGGUGGAGAGCUGCAGACUGACGUUCCAUUCAAGCUGCUGACCCCAGCCCCCGGAACCGUUGAUCGUGAGCGCGUCAAUGCGUUGAAGAAGAUGAAGUCCAUUGAACGCCACCGUUACGAGAACUCUCACUAUGCCGAUGACGAUGACAACAUCGUAUUCGAAGACUUCGCUCGGCUGCGAAUGAACGAACCAGAAUAAGCUGAAUCUGCUUUGCAGGUUAGCAGCUUCCAACAAGUGCUUUAGUUUUUAGUUUUUUUGCAGUUACAUUCUCAGCACUUUCCGUGCUUGAUUUAGUGAUUGUUACGGCAAGCCUAUCAUUGCAAGACAACCUUCUAUCGAGAAACUAUGUGAUAUUUCAAAUAGUUGAUUUGCCUCUCUGCUUUGAAAAUCAUUUUAGUUUUCUAUAUUUAGUUUUAAAAGGCAUAAAAAAGACAAAAAAGAACAAAAAAAUAAGCAAUAAGUAACACGACCGUAUUGAUUCAUCGAUUAAUUGUUAGGAGAAAAUCAGGACAACUGCGCAGUUGAUCCAAUCAACACAGGAUAUCAAUUUUCAUCAAAGUGAAUUAAUCGAUCAAUCGAACACACUCAAGCCAAGUAACGAUACCAGAAGUGAAACGAAUCGAAAAAACAAUGACAAAUAAGCUACACACUCGGUGUACUGCUUGCGCGAAGAACUUACACCAUCGAAGUCCUUGGUGCAAUCAGGGGCCGAGCUUAGGAUUAGGGUUUUAAACAAUUUGUUAUAUAUCUGCAGAUGACGGUGUUAUGACAAGCAAUUACAAGCAAUUACAAGCUUUAGGGGGCUUUAAUUCAAAACAUCAAAAUCCAACCUGGACCCGAUCAUACGAACUGCUCGAGUUCGGUGUGCGUGUAUCGAGCGGUUCGCAUCUUGGGUCCGGGGGCAGGAUUUUCGAUUUUUUUCUUUUUUAUCAAAGGCCGAAUAUGUUUCACGCCACUCGCGUGGAACCUUUUCGCCCAUGGACAAUUCAAAAGCGACAGGAUGGUACUUAGGUUAAGUCUGGAAAAUCCUCCUUCUCGGUAUCAUCAGACCAGACCGACCACCGGGCAUCGAGAUUGUGUGUGCGGAUUUCGGUGCUGGGUCCUUGAUCGGUAGCAGCAGGAUUUUCGAUUGCAGCGCUCAGUUUCCAAAGCGUCAUCUUGAAAUGCAACAGGUACCUAAGACACUCUAGUUUGGGUCGACCAACAGCCGGUCGAGACAUGGUUUUAGUUUAGCUUCUUCUGUUAUGUUCAAUGUAAACGAAAAAUGCAAAUAAAAAAAGCGAUAUUAUCAAUAUCAAGUUACUUUUUACAUUCAAGCAACAACAACAACAAAAA